AGAUUGCGGGAAGACUGGUCCGCCGCGCAUUUACCUCAGCUCGGUUCUGGUUCUUGGGUUGCUUAGCUCGUGCUUACUGACGUCACGGGCAGAGACCAGCCUCGCGCCUCUGAAAGGCUGUUCCUGACGGGUCCGUGUGUGGACGGUUGCUGCGCCAGUGAACCACCGUCCGCUCCAGACAGUUGCCUAAAGGGAGGAGUUCCCAAUGGAUAAAGCCAAAAAAAAGCUGGGCGUCACUCCUUCCCACGCUGGCCAGGCAUGGGGAAGAAAACACAGCAACAUAGACAAAGAUCAGCUCGGUCGGCCUUCAGUGUCAGGAAAACACAGAGCUUCAAGCUAUGACAUAUCAGCUAUGGACCCAGAUGAUGAAUCCGUCACAGAUUUUACAAAAAAUGAGCUCUUAGUAUUCAAGACUAGCUUUGCAAGACAGAAAUAUGGUAACACUUACAGGAUGGAACCUUAUAGAAAAUGUGAGUCUCAUAUAGUAAGGAAGAGAGCUGAAGAUAUUCUAAAGCAGAAACUUCAAGAUUUCAAAUAUAUUGGAAUCAAUGGUGCCCCCACUUGUACAGCUAUCUCAGAAGAUAUAUUAGCAGGUGUCAAGGAUCUGGGGUUUGAUCGUUACAAGUAUAUAGUUCAGUUAUUUCUUGUGCAAAAGACUGGUCAGUCAAUACAUAUUGCCAGCAGAUGGGUCUGGGAUGUUGCAAGAGACACUUGGGUCCAAGCACAAUAUGAAACUGAGAACUACAUUAUGGUGGCUCUAGUAGUUGCUUCCUAUUUUGAGUAAUUAAUAAUUUAAUUAAUUUGUGGACAUUUAUAUAGCCGCCUACUCACUCACAGCAACUCUAGAUGGCUUACAAACAGUAAGGAAGCAUUGUAGCAGUAUAUUGAGAUUUUUCUUGUUCUAUUUGCUCAAAUAAAUAUAUUUGCUUCAACCACACUACCACUGUAACACUUUUUGUGCAAAACAUUUAUGACAAAGUGAUACUCCUUGCUGCCUGUUGAGUAUUGAUAAUCAAACAACUGGGCAUGCCUGUUACUGUCUACAGGUAGUCCUUGGUUAAAGAUGAUUCAUUCAGUGACCAACGUUAUGAUGGUGCUGAAAGAGUGUGGAUUACAACUAGUCUUGAAGUUCUUGAUUGUCCAGCAUCCCUAUAGUCAGGGUUGCAAUCUUUUCAAACUUGCAGCAUCUGUCAGUUAAGUAAUCAUAAUUAGUGACUUUCCCUGCCAGCUGAGUCCAGUUUAGGACUUUAUACAUAUCUGUAUACUGCUAAAACUCUUAUUAUCUGUUUGAUAAUUUAUAAUCUUCAAUUUGGGUAAAACAGUGCAUCAUAGAGUAACAAGUUUGGGAUCAAAAGAGCUAACUUACAGAAUGCAUUCAAAAUCCAGGACCCAUUGUUCCCAUGGAAAUUUGUUAAAGUUGUCACUUCAGCACCACCACACCUUCUGACUACACUUCCCAGAAACCCAUUGGUUGCUUGAUGCAAAGGAAAAUGGAAACAGGUGUAUCCCCACUCUUUUCUCCCUCCCUGUGGCCCCUAUGUCCAAUCAGCUGGUGGCAGAACUCAACAGGCAAGUGGCUAUUGGCUGUUUUGGAAUAAAGGCUGAAAUUUGAAAUCUUUUAACAGCAGUGGCUGGUUUGGGGAAGAA